AUGAGCCUGGACAUGGACAUGGAAGAGUCUGCUUUCGUCGCCGGGAUUUUCCUCGUAGAAGCUGUGGCGGCGUUCACAAUCCUCCCUCGCGUGGUGAAGUACAGAUCCGCUGUUAAAGAAUCUGGCAGAACUCUGUGUGAGCAGUGUGGUCUGAUUGCGACGAAGUCGGCUGACCCGCUGACCGAGCAGAAGAUUUGGAAAAUGUUCUACGCCUCGCUGUCGGACUUUUUCCGCUACAUGAUCAUGGUUAUCUUUAGUAUUCUGCUCCUGCGUUGCUUCUCGUAUCAGCUGCGAUGGCUUGCUUCUCCGGAGCAAAUUCCAGGGCGGCAUCGUGUGGAAGAUGCCCCUACCUUGGUGAUGCUAUGUUUUACGUUGCUGUAUCUCAACUUCGGGUGCUUGUCCUCGCCGUGCCUGUUGAAUGUACUGUCGGGGGUUCUCAUGGCCUUUACAGUGACCCUCAGCAACAACUAUUCGCGCACUAUGGCGUCAAGACUGCUUAUCGGCAUCACCACGAGGGAUUACGGGUUCGUUGUUCUCUACAACCUCAUUUGCACAGGUGUGGACGUGCAUGUGGCCUUCAUGACGUCAGAGGAUGGGGAGGAGGGAGCGAGCGCGGCCAUCUUCAGCGAAGCAUUUUAUCAGAUAGUCCUGGUUCUUGCCGGCACCUUCGCCAUCCGCACGCAAAUCUGGGCCAGAGCGCAGAGAGGUGUGAGUCUGAAGAACAGCGAGCUGGAGCUCGCUGCCCUUUAUCGAAUCCUCGGUGGGCUCUGUGAUGCUGUGGUCAUGCUGGAUGAUUCGCUGCAACUCACCGAGGACUCUGCUGCUUUGUCGACCUUGUUCCUGCGUGGGUGCUCCUCGACAGAUCUUGCCGGCAACGACUUCGUAUCCUGCUUCCGCUCCCAGGAUCGGGAUCAUGUGCGCCAGCGGUUGUCUUCGGCGACUAUAUACGCCGGACAGCCUGCUUUGGCGCUGAACGCGGGUCUGCAAGAUUCUGCGGGAAACUGUAUCAACGUGGAGCUCUUGCAUCUUCCCUUCGAGAGGACGGAGGGCUGCAUACGUCACGUGGUCGGCAUCCGCGAGUUCCAUCAGGAUGUUGCAGCUGUCGGGCCCUUGAUCAUGGCCGACCUUCCUUCCUCCACCUUAGGCGGGUUCGAUUCCGACUACGAAAGCGACGACGGCCUCUUCCUCCCGAGACGUCGGAGCUUUCUCCCUCGCGUUCCCCAGGCCGAUUCUUUCAUCAGCCUGCAGGUGGCGGACUGCUACUUCACCCAGGAGAGCGUGUCUUGCCGGUUCCGCCAUGGGAUCAAUGCUGGAGAUUUCCUCUCAGAUGUGAUCGUGAACGUUCGAGCGGGUGUCAUCCAACCCAAUGACAUGGGCUUGACGGUCUGCUGGGCGGUACUACACCUUCAACAACCGAACGCUCUAUGUGCUGAAGCAUGCGGGUGUCAGCGUGGUAAGAGCAAAGCUCUGGAACCGGCCCAACAACUACCAUUCGCGCAUCUGCUUCGGAAAGAAUGCAGCGAUGCGCUAGAGUAG